GUGAAUUUUGGGGUAAAGAAGCUGGAAAAAGGGGCUGUUUUCUGGAGCUUUUCACUUUCCGGAGGUGGAUCGGUGGAAAAAGCGAGGAGGGAAAAGGAGGCGAGAGAGAGAGAGAGAGCGAGAGAGCGAGAGACUGCAAGAGACAUCAGCUUAAUCCGGCAGCAAAGUUAAACCUCAGCACGUCCUGUACGUGCCCGUCAUUCAAAGCCCAGUGUGUUCUAUUAAAAGUAUCAGUCUGCUCGCUUUGCUGCCUAUUUAUAAACCUCUGGGCUCGGCGAACUGGCCCGUUUAAAACAUGGAGCUGCCACAGUAUAUGUUAAGCUGUUUCUGCAUGCUGCUACUGCAGCACGGACUCUGCCAGCCUUAUCUACAUCUCCGGCCCGUCCCCAGUGACAGUUUGCCCGUGGUGGACAUUAUCGAACACCCGGACCCAGACAACGACCCCAAGGACAACGAUCUGGACGAACGGACUUUGCGGAAGAAGCUCGGCAGUCACUUCGAUCCCAACUUCAUGUCCAUCACUCUGCCCCAGCUGGAGGACUCUCCGUCCCGGGACCCGAAUUCCAGGUUCAAACCCUUGGGCGCCAUGCCCAACGACAUCAAGAGGUUGGAUUUGUCCGAGACCCCUUAUGGGAGGAAAAUGAAGUUGGGUAAAAAGGCCAGAAGGAAGUUUCAGCAAUGGCUUUGGUCCUACACAUACUGUCCGGUGAUGUACACAUGGAAGGACCUGGGAGGCCGCUUCUGGCCUCGGUUUGUUAAAGAAGGGAACUGUUACAACGAGAGGUCCUGUUCAUUCCCCGAAGGGAUGCUGUGUAAACCUGUCAAAUCUAUCAGCAAGACUUUCUUAAGGUGGUAUUGCCAAGGAUGGUCAAAGCCUAAAUACUGCACGUGGAUACCUGUCCAAUACCCAGUCAUUUCCGAGUGCAAGUGUUCCUGUUAAAGGGAGAAAUGUUCUCCUGCAGACUGGGUGAAUCCUAUAUACAGAUGGUCUAUAGUAUAACAGCGCCCUAUAGUGAAAUCUAUUUUUAUAUAUCGCAUUCUAAAGAAGCGCCAGCUUUGUAUCUAUAUAACACAAUGAGAUUUAAAGUUGCAGAA